AGCGCGAGAGGCGGGACUAGAGGCGGCGUGGGUGGACCGGCUGAGAGAGGCGCGCUGGUGGGGCCGGCAGGCGGGCAGGCGAGGAGUGCAUAAGUCGGGAGCCGUCGGUGGUAGAGGCGCUCUCCCUGUGCUUCUAUCAUGGCAUCCAAGUGCCCCAAGUGUGACAAGACCGUCUACUUCGCUGAGAAAGUAACUUCCUUGGGAAAAGAUUGGCAUAAGUUCUGUUUGAAAUGUGAGCGCUGCAACAAGACAUUGACCCCUGGUGGGCAUGCAGAGCAUGACGGGAAGCCCUACUGUCAUAAACCCUGCUACGCAACAUUGUUUGGGCCAAAAGGUGUGAAUAUUGGAGGGGCAGGAUCCUAUAUCUAUGAUAAGCCCCAAACUGAAGGGCAGUUGACACCAGGACCUAUUGAGCACAUAUCCAAAGUAGAGGAAAAGAAAGUGAGUGUUGUACCCAAGGGACCCAGCAAAGCUUCCAGUAUCACCACUUUCACUGGAGAGCCCAAUGCCUGCCCACGCUGCUCUAAGAAGGUCUAUUUUGCUGAGAAGGUGACUUCCCUGGGCAAGGACUGGCACCGCCCCUGCCUACGGUGUGAGCGUUGUGGGAAAACUCUAACCCCUGGAGGCCAUGCUGAGCAUGAUGGGCAGCCUUAUUGCCAUAAACCGUGCUAUGGGAUUCUCUUUGGACCAAAGGGAGUGAAUACUGGUGCAGUUGGAAGCUACAUCUAUGAUAAAGACCCAGAGGCAAAGGACCAGCCUUGAAGGCUCUGUCUGUUCCUUCCAUCUGCUUAGCCCACUUGCACUGCAUUCUCUUGACUAACCUUGUGUGUUUAGACAUAGUGAAGCCAGCUUCUAGCUCAGCCCUGUAGCAGCAGUUGGUGAGGUAGCUGUGUUCACUCUGAUGGGCAGACCACUGCUAUCUUUCCUCCUCCAUUUUAUAAUAAGGCUAUGCUAUAAAAGUAUACAGAUCUGCCUCCCAUAGGACUCCUCUCCAUUUUACCCAGUCUUAGAAGGGCAAGUGGGUCAGGGACCAGGCAAACAUCACAACCCACCUCCUUCCCUGGCGCACAAAUCUGGCUGAGUCCCAGGGAACUUGUCCACAGCCAGCUUCACCUGUUUCAAUUCAACCUGCCCUUGGCUUUGUACUAUUAAACAUGGCCUUGACAAGCUUAGCAAAAGGGGCAAGAUGUUACGAACUUUUCUUUCCAGCAAGGCUGCAAAAUCUAAUGGUGCCUGCUGGCCUGGCAUCCAGAUCCCUACCUACCACACAGCAGGGGCUCAGUUUUCUCUCAUAUGGCACCACUGUUCUGUCAACAGCAGGCUCUUCCUGGUAACAUGCAGGAGCCCCUGGCAGUUUUGAAAUCAAGUCUGUAUUGGUGGGUAUUCUGAGCCUUGUGGAUACUGUCACAGGGCAGGACUGUUAAGUUGGGAGAAGAGCUGAAGUGUGUCUGGGUACUUGGAGCCUUCAGAUCCUUGUGUGUCAAUGGCAGGAUCUGUCUGUGUUGCUCCCUAUAGCCUCCAAAAGGGCAUUUUUGUCUUCUGUUAUAAAGACCAAGCAUCCUACAUUAUAAAGGGAAGUGGAGGGCAGUGUGGAAAUCUGCUUACAAAUAAGCUGGCUCUGGGUUUGUUUCUCUGAAUGUUUGGAAUUUGUUUGUAGUGAGACCGUAAUGUGCUUUCUGCUGUGAAGAAUGGCUUGCCCUUUCAGUGUUUCUGGCUGCCUGAGACGUUAGUCCAAGGAUCAGUCCCAACCAGGAGUGGGAACAAAAGGAACCCCAAUUAAUCUAUCUUGCAAAGCCUGCCCAAUCUGCAGAUCAGUUUCUUCUGUUAAUAAAGGUAUCUGACAAACA